AGGAGAAGGAGGAGGAGGGAAAGGAAAGGAGGGCGGGCGGUUGCGUGUCGGUGCCCUGGGCUCCCCGAAAAGGGGAACCGGAGGGAGGAGGAGAGCUUCGGGGGCGUCUGGGUCCCCGCAGGAUGGGGCGGCCUGGUACUUGAGGAGGAAGACGGCCGCCCCGGCUGCUUCCCCGUGGGAUGCUGCUGCUGCUGCUGCUGCUGGUCCUGUCCUGAUGAUGCUGCUGGUGCUGGUGCUGCUGGUCCUGUCCCUGUCCCCGUGCCCGUCGUCGGGGUCGGAGGGCUGCCGGCUGCCGCCGGCGGGGCCUCGGGCGGAGCAGCGCCGGGCCCUGCCCGCGGCCAUCGGGGCCCUGGCCACCAGCCGGGCCGGGGGCGUGCUGGUGGCCAGCGGCAGCUGCCUCUUCGAGCUGGACCACACGCUGGCCAGCUGCCGCUCGAGGCUGGCCCGGGCCGGCCGAGGGGACUGCGGGGGGCCCGCGGACCCCGGCCGGGUGCCUCCCCCCCAUCUCCGCCGCCGCCGCCGCCCGGCCAGCAGCUACAUCAAGCUGCUGCUGCCCUACGACCAGGCCCCCCCGUCCUCCCCCUCCGGGGAGCCCUCCGGCCUGCUGCUGACCGGCUGGACGUUCGACCGCGGCGCCUGCGAGGUGCGGGAGCUGAGCCGGCCGUCCGGGCCCGCCCUCCGGCACGGCACCGAGGUGGUGUCGUGCCACCCGCAGGGCUCGACGGCGGGCGUGGUGUACCGGGCCGGCGGGCGCGGCCGCUGGUACCUGGCCGUGGCCGCCACCUACGUGCUGCCCGAGCGGCGGGGCGGCGGGGGCGGGAGCCGCUGCAACCCGGCCGCCUCCGACCGCGACACGGCCAUCGCCCUGAAGGACACGGGCGAGCGCAGCCUGCCCACCCGCGAGGAGGGCCAGCUCAAGCUGCGGCCCCGGGCCGGGCCCCUGCACUUCGUCGACGCCUUCCUCUGGAACGGCAGCGUCUUCUUCCCCUACUACCGCUACAACUACAGCAGCGGCGCCGCCCCGGCCCGGCCCCAGGUGGCCGUCAUCGCCCAGAGCGCCGACGACCUCCUCUUCCAGGGACAGGCCGCCCUGCACUGCGGGGCCCGGGACCGGGACCCCCACGCCCCCCACCCCGGGGACCCCCGCACCCUCCUCCUCGCCUCCAGCCCCCUGCCCGACGCCGGGCUCUGGGCCGGGGUCUUCAGCGCCGAGACCGACGACGGCGACGACCCCGGGGACGGGGACCCCCCAAGCGGGGACCCCCCCCGGCCCCGCACCCGAGACACCACCGCCCUCUGCCUCUUCCAGCUCGGACACAUCCAGGCCGGGGCCCGGCCCUGCCACGGAGACUUUCAGACCCUCAGGACCAAAUGCGACACAGAAAAGGAACCACAAUUGGAACCCAUUCAGCCAAUCGAGUCUUCUACCUUGAUUCAUUCUGAUUUGACAUCUGUUUACGGUACUGUCGUGCUGAACAGGAUCGUUUUGUUCUUGGGAACAGGAGAUGGACAGUUACUUAAGGUUAUUCUUGAUGAGACGCUGAAGUCAAAUUGCCCAGAGGUUAUCUAUGAAAUUAAAGAAGAAACACCUGUUUUUCACAAGCUUGCUCUUGACCCUUUGGAUAAUACUUACAUAUAUCUCCCAGCAGAGAAAGAGAUUAGAAGGAUACGUGUUGCAAACUGUGAUAAACAUAAAUCCUGUAAGGAGUGUUUAACUGCGAUGGAUCCUCAUUGUGGUUGGUGUCAUUUGCUCAAAAGGUGCACUUUUCAAGGUGAUUGCCCACCAUCAAAUAGAUCAAGUAACUGGCUGAAUAUUUUACAUGGAGCAGAAAAAUGUCCUAAAAUCCAGAUAAUUUCAAAGGGUAGAGACAAGAUUACUGUGACUGCAAUGAGAAGCUUUAUGUCUCCCUUGGAAGAACAUUCAUCUUGUGUGGUGAAAAGUGCAAAGACCAAUAAAGAACUUUGUAGAAAUGAAAAGCAAGCCGUGAACUGCACAUGUACUAUACCAACCACCAAACUAACCGAAAGAGAUCUGUCAGCUGUCCAGGUGUCAUUCUCUUCUGGUUCUUGGAGUCUAUCAGAAACAUUUGACCUUACUAACUGCUCAUCAUUUACAGAGUGCUUAACGUGCAUUGAAACUGGCUGCACAUGGUGUAAAGGAGGACAAAGGUGUGUUCAUCCUUUAGGGGCUUGUGAUCCUCCUAAUUAUGGGACGAACCAGGAUGUCUGUCAAGCAGCUAAUAAGCAGGCUGAGCCCACCACAUCACCUUCAGCAAACAGUCAAAAAUUCAGUGGAGACAAGAAUAACUCACAGCAAUUUUCAAAGGACUUCAAAGUUCAUGCCAUAGAACCACGGCGGAUAUCAACCUUGGGGAAAACAAAUGUGAUCGUCAUAGGAGAAAACUUUCCACAAACACAAAAUAUUUAUAUGAUAUUGAAAGGAACCAGUACCUGCAAGGAAGAUGUAAUACGUGUGAACAGUGGGUCAAAUGCCACCCACUUGAAAUUUUCUCUUCCAUCAAGUCGUAAAGAAAUCAAGGAUGUACAAAUAAAGACUGAAGAUCAUAUCGCUUCUUUUAAUGGAGUGUUAUCUUACAUCUCUCCACCUGUAUGUUUUGAUAUAUAUCCAAAUACCACCUGGAUGAGAGGCGGUCAAACCAUAACCCUAGGAGGCAGGAAUUUUGAUGUCCUGGACAGUCUAAUCAUAUCAGAUGACUUGAAAGAAAAUCUCAGUGUCCUUAAAUGUUGUAGUGAGACUAACUGCAGUUUUUCAGCGGUUCCCAGAGAAUUAAAACCAGGCCAGAAAGUCACUGUGAAACUAAGGGUUCAAGACACUCAGCUAACCUGUGGAACAUUGCAGUACCUCGACAAUCCCAAAUUUACAGGAUUUCGUGUAGAAUCUGAGGUGGAUACCGAAUUGGGAGUAAAAAUACUUAAAGAGAAUGAUGAUUUGUAUAUAUCCAAGGAAGACAUUAUAAUUACCCUAUUUGACGGGGGAAACAAUCCCCAUAACUGUACUUUUGAAAAUAUUACCAGGAAUCAAGAUCUCACUACUAUCCUCUGCAAAAUCAAGGGAAUCAGAGAUAGCAGUUACAUUGGUGCUUCCUCUAAGGUAGUUCGGGUCAAGCUGGGAAACUUCGAGGACAUGGUGAAAAAAGAAUCGGUACCCACGACUUGGUAUUUUCUCAUUGUGCUUCCUGUGCUACUGCUGAGUGUUAUUGUUGCUGCAGUAGUGGUGACCAGGUACAAAUCUAAACAACUAAGUCGCAAACAGAGUCAACAGCUGGAACUUCUGGAAAGUGAGCUUCGUAAAGAAAUUCGUGAUGGAUUUGCUGAACUGCAGAUGGAUAAAUUAGAUGUGGUGGAUAGUUUUGGAACCGUUCCCUUCCUGGACUAUAAACAUUUUGCUCUUAGAACUUUCUUCCCUGAGUCAGGUGGCUUUACACACAUCUUCUCUGAAGAUAUUCACGGCAGAGACACCAGUGACAAGAAUGAAAGUCUCAUUGCUUUGGAUGGUUUGAUUUGCAACAAAAGCUUUCUUGUGACCGUCAUCCACACUCUGGAAAAGCAGAAGAAUUUUUCUGUGAAGGACAGGUGUUUGUUUGCUUCCUUCUUAACUAUCGCACUACAAACUAAGCUGGUUUACCUGACCAACAUACUGGAAGUUUUGACUAAGGACCUGAUGGAACAGUCCAGUAACAUGCAGCCAAAACUCAUGCUAAGGCGCACUGAGUCCGUUGUAGAGAAACUACUAACAAAUUGGAUGUCGGUCUGCCUUUCUGGUUUUCUGCGGGAGACUGUCGGAGAGCCGUUUUAUUUACUUGUCACAACGCUAAACCAGAAGAUAAACAAAGGUCCUGUGGAUGUAAUAACCUGCAAAGCCUUGUAUACUCUUAAUGAAGAUUGGCUGCUCUGGCAAGUCCCGGAUUUCAACACCGUGGCACUAAAUGUCGUGUUUGACAAAAUCCCAGAAAAUGAAAGUGCUGACGUCUGUCGGAUUAUCCCAGUAAAUGUUCUGGAUUGUGAUACCAUAGGGCAAGCCAAGGAAAAGAUUUUUCAAGCUUUUUUAAGCAAAAAUGGUUCUCUUUAUGGUCUUCAACUGAAUGAAAUUGGCCUUGAGCUGCAGAUGGAUGCCCGUCAGAAAGAACUUUUAGAUAUAGAUGGUUCUUCCGUGAUUCUGGAAGAUGGGAUAAUGAAGUUAAACACCAUUGGUCAUUAUGAGAUUUCAAAUGGAGCCACUCUGAGUGUCUUUAAGAAGAUAACAAAUUUUGCUUCAGAUAUGGAGUACUCAGAUGAACACUGCCAUUUGAUUUUACCAGACUCGGAAGCAUUCCAAGAUGUGCAAGGAAAGAGACACAAAGGAAAGCACAAGUUUAAAGUGAAGGAAAUGUAUCUGACAAAGUUGCUGUCCACCAAGGUUGCAAUUCAUUCUGUCCUUGAAAAACUUUUUAGAAGUAUUUGGAGUUUACCCAACAAUAGAGCUCCAGUUGCCAUAAAAUACUUUUUUGACUUUUUGGAUGCGCAGGCUGAACUAAAAAAAAUCACAGAUCCCGAUGUCGUCCACAUUUGGAAAACAAACAGUCUUCCCCUUCGUUUCUGGGUAAACAUUCUGAAGAACCCUCAGUUUGUUUUUGAUAUUAAGAAGACUCCUCACAUAGACGGCUGUUUGUCAGUAAUUGCACAAGCUUUUAUGGAUGCAUUUUCUCUUGCAGAACAGCAAUUGGGGAAGGAAGCACCAACUAAUAAACUUCUAUACGCCAAGGAUAUUCCAAACUACAAAGAAGAAGUAAAAUCUUACUAUAAAGCAAUCAGGGAUUUGCCUCCACUGUCAACUUCAGAAAUAGAAGAAUUUUUAACUCAGGAAUCUAAGAAGCAUGAAAAUGAAUUUAAUGAAGAAGUGGCCUUGACAGAAAUCUACAAAUACAUCAUUAAGUAUUUUGAUGAGAUCAUAAAUAAACUGGAGCGGGAACGAGGAUUAGAGGACGCCCGGAAGCAGCUCUUGAAGGUAAAAGACUUAUUUGACGAAAAGAAGAAAUGCAAGUGGAUGUAAAGAGCACUUUGAAGAAUUUUAUCAUAUCAAGCCAAGUCUCAAAACUAUUUGGGACAAAAUGGCCACUUGAGCUACUUAGUGUACUCUUUAAACUUUGCACACAGAACUCCACUUUGAACAUUGUCUUUCGUAAAAGACCAAGGCACAAGCAAGACUUCUAAAACUAACAGUAGACCAACCAUUGUGCCUGUUGUAAAUAUUGUGGAAACCUCUAUGUACAUAUAGUGUAGUGGAUGUGCAGACCGCCUCUGUGUUUACAAAUGGUACAGGGCCAGUAAGCAAGCUUCAGCAUUAUAACUACAGUUUCCACUCAAGCACAAAUGAUUCAGUGAAAACUACAGUUAUGUAGCACUUGUGAAUACACUGCAACUCUGCAGAACAGGGACACUGCCAAUGGUGAAUUCUUAAUGUGAAGUGAGUCAUGUUGAAACAGUGAGGGUGUUAGGACAACCUCUAGGCUUUGCAGGGUUGAAACUUUUUCCUCCCUUCAUUCUUGGGAAAGCUGACUGCAAAGCUUAGUUGUGUGUACAUUAGCAUUCGUGUGUGUUUUUUAAACCAAAAACAAACAGUGUUGCAACAUUGUUGAAAGGGCUCGUGUUUUUCAGUCAUCACCACUUGCACUCCAUCAACUCACCGUGAUCUAAAGCAAGUAGUUCUUAUUUAAAUGCAAUAGCAGUUUACCGUGACACUGUGUGUCAUCUUGUGUUGCAUUUAUCCAAAAGUACUUGAUGGUGAAAGUGUUGUUUAAAAAAAACCCUUUGUAUUAAAGUUCAUUAUUGCUGUUUACAAGCUUGGUUCGGUAAUUUGAUCCUAGUUCUCCUUAGCAGAGCAACAGACUUGCCUAUUCUUUCAUUUGUAAAGUUUUAUAUCUCUCUUGCUUUAGCUCCCAGGUGAAAUCAGUGGGUAGAAACCCUUGAAAGUGUGUGGGUAAGAUAACUACAUUUUUCAUCACAUGAAAUUGCUGUAUACAUUGGAGUUUAUAUAGACUUAGGCCAGAAUAUAUUAGUGUACAGCGUGAUGUCCUAGGCCAAUUAGGUAACUUUUUUUUUAAUAUUCAAUACUGGAGAAUAUAAAAAAAAAUUCAUCCCUUUCUUUUUGUGAAUCCCUUCCCUCCACUAUACUCUAGUAACCUUCUUUUUCACCCUAGUGUAUUUCCCUUAGACUAAAGCAGGAGAAAUGGAAAAAUAAAAACUUUUUUAUGGUACCUCUAACACCUUGGUACCUAAAAAUUAGAUGAAAUAUUUACCCAACAUAUUAGUCACUGAUACAGUUCUUAAAAGCAAAUGCCAGUGACGUAUUUGAAAACAGUUUAACACUUGCUCUCUAAUUAGUGUAGGUUCCAUUUCCUUCCCGAAUGGAAGAGAGCAAGAUUAGACACCUACGCAGUUUAGAAAGAGCAGUUACUGCCCCGAUCGGCACACUUUCCUGAUGCCAUAAGCUUUUUUUUGACCAUAUUUGUCCUGUGGACAUGCCCCAAAGAUACUACCAAUUGGUCAUCUUAGAGAUGUAAAAGGCAAAAAAAAAAAACAAAAAAAAAUUCAAGGCUGCUGCAAUGGUAAGCAAUGUAACUGAAUUCUUAAAAGAAAACACCAGGCAUGCCGAUGGUAAGGGAGUUGCCCAAAACAUUAUUCCUUCUUUUAAGGAAAAGGCACCCAGGAGUGUUGAAAAAUCUUAAUAUUUAGCAGCUCCCCACAUCCACCCCCAACCCCUCAUACUAUUACAGCUUCCUCUUUACAUUAUGUUCCUAGCUCUACCAGUGACUAUGCUGUAGAGAACUUUGGGCAAAUCACUUACCUCUUUGUGCCUCUUUCUAGAAAAUAUUUCUAACAUACCUCACUGAGGUGGUGUGAAGAUUCACUAAUGUUUUCAAAGUGCUUGUCAAUCCUUGGGUGAAAGGCACUCUCACGAUCAGCAUUUUGGAUCAUACAAGCCAAAGGCAGUAAAUGGCCAAAUCAGAUGUGUGCUGUAGACAAUCAGUAACUGAAUCCAUAUUAAAACAGCAAUCAGAUUAACAAUUGUCAAACAAUUUCUAUUUUUAACUUUAUUUUCAGAUUUCUGGUGCAGAUAAACUUAUUUAUAGUGUUUUUUUUCUAACACUAGCAUAUAGCAGUAUUUUGCAAUUGUUACUUUUUCUGUAUUUAAAAUUAAUGUCCUCUUGUAUUCAUGAUUGAAACUGUACUUGAAGAUGAAUGUUUUAAAUGUGUAUAACCAAAAUAAACAUUUUGAUGUAUAA